UGUUAAGCGUCAAGUCCAAGUCCUGACUUCCCCAAACAGAGCCGGCACCUGCAAUCCUAUCUCCAGAAUGCCGGAAGCAGCACUGGGAGAGGGAGUUAGAGUCCUUGAGAGCUCUACAGUGGCCCCUCCGCCGGGAUCGGUGCCCGAAUCCUCUCUCCCGCACACCUUUUUUGACAUCGGUUGGCUUUACUCUGGCCCAGUGCAACGCGUUUUCUUCUACCCUUUCCCUCACCCGACCUCCUACUUCCUCGACUCCGUCCUCCCUCCUCUCAAGUCCGCCCUCUCUUCCACGCUUCGGGAAUUCUUCCCGCUCGCCGGAAAGAUCCGCCUCACCCCUGGGAGCGACACCAAGUACGAGAUACACUACACGGAGGGUGACUCUGUUUCCUUCACCGUCGCCGAGCAUGAUGGAGACUUCGGCCAACUCUCGGGGAGUCACGCACGGGAAUACACCGGGUUAGUUCCCUUGAUCCCCCAACUGCCUGACCCCGACGAUGGCGGCCGGAAGGUGAUGGCCGUGCAGGUGACUCUGUUCCCAAACAGAGGCGUGGUCGUGGCCGUGACCGUCCACCACGCCGCAUGCGACGGGUCCAGCUCCACCCGGUUCGUGUCGUCCUGGGCGUGUAGAACAGCAGGGAAAGAAAAGGUGGCGCCGGCGCCGCCCUUCUUCGAUCGUAGCUCCGUUCCCAAUCCUAAUGAUUUGUACACCAAGUUCUUUAACAGCCUCGCAUCCGACGCUCAAUCCAUCGAGUCGAUGAUGAUUCAGUUCGCUCCACCGGACGCCGUCGUCGGCACUGUCACCCUAAAGUCAGACGACAUCCGAAAGCUCAAGGAGGCGGUCUCCUCCGAAGCUAACUCCUUCCGCUGCUCCACCAUCUUGGUGGUCUACGCCUAUGCGUGGGUUUGCCUCGUCAAAGCGCGAGCCUACGACGAGGACAAGACCGUUCACUUUGCAUUUCCUGGAAACUGCAGGGAACGACUGCAGCCGCCGCUUCCGGCAGAAUACUUCGGGAACUGCGUCGGUGGCUACUUCGCGGAGGCGAAGGCCGGCGACCUUGCUGGAGAGGAUGGGUUUCAGACGGCGGCUCGAAUUAUAGGAGAAGCCAUCGAGCGGUUCAAAGCCGGCCCAGUAAAAGACGCAGAGAAGUGGCCGGAGAAGUACCAGGAGAUUGGGUUGCAGCAGCCGCUGAGCGUGGCAGGGUCGCCUAGGUUCAAGGUCUAUGACGUGGACUUCGGGUGGGGACGACCGGCGAAGGUGGACAUGCCGUCUAUAACAUGGGUGGGAGCCAUAUCUGUGUCGGAGAGCAGAGACGAGCAAGGCGCAGUGGAGAUUGGGCUGGUGCUGUCAAAGCCUGAGAUGGAGUCGUUUGCAGCUCACUUCUCCAAUGAUCUUAAACUAUUUUGACAUGAAUUUCAGCAGCAUUAAACUAGAAUGCGAUUGGAUUGGAUACCUAAAUAAGCGUUUCUUUAGGCAGUGAUUCCGAUGUGAAUUUGCAUGCUAUGCUUUCUACUUCUAUGAGCUUGUGUUUUGUUGCUUUCGUAUGAAGAUUUCACUAUGUAUUGAUUAUUAAUUAAGAUGAGGUAGUAGCAAAUUUAUUGUCAUA